AACGGUAUGAUGACGUUGGCACAAAAUGUACUGUACUUUGGACUAUAAAACAUGUUUGGUGACCAGGAUGUUGCGUUUGGUGCUAGAUCAAUACAUUUCAGUACAGUAGGUUCAUCAUAUGACUUAAAUCCACACAAGUGCAAUAUAUUUGGAUUCAUCAAUUUUCAAAUGUCAAAGACCGUGGUAGAAGACAAUGAUUCCAGCACAAUGAAGAUAUUGGAUAUUGAUGACGACACACAUAGCAUGACCAGAACAAGAGAUGGCGUUAAAUAUUCAGUACAUUUUCAGUGGUGGAAGAGACCAUACAAAGUUGCUGCAUUGUGUCUGGGGCUGCUGUGUGUUCUCCUACUGGCUGGGAUCAUAGGCCUGGGUGUACACUUCACUGGUCAGCAUUAUUCUCCAGAGAGAGACCAGCUACAGACCAGUUUUAGUACUCUGACUAAAGAGAGAGACCAGCUACAGACCAGUUAUAGCACCCUGACUAAAGAGAGAGACCAGCUACAGACCAAUUAUAGCACCCUGACUAAAGAGAGAGACCCGCUACAGACCAGUUUUAGUACUCUGACUAAAGAGAGAGACCAGCUACAGACCAGUUAUAGCACCCUGACUAAAGAGAGAGACCAGCUACAGACCAAUUAUAGCACCCUGACUAAAGAUAGAGACCAGCUACAGAGGGAGACAAUCAGACUGAACAAGAAGCUCAAAGGGAGACCUUGUCACGAAGGAUGGAUAAAGUUCGAAACCAGCUGUUACUUCUUCUCAACUGUGAAUAAAACCUGGGAGGAGAGCAGAAUGGACUGUAUAAGGAGAGAAGCACAUCUUGUGAUCAUAAACAACAGAGAGGAACAGGUAUUUAUCAAUGGGUUAAACGGAGCAAAUAAACAAAUUUGGAUUGGUCUGACUGACACAUUUGCUGAGGGAACCUGGAAAUGGGUGGACGGCACACCACUGACUACCACGUAUUGGGGGGAUGGACAGCCUAAUAGCUGGAAAGAAACAGAGCAGGACUGUGGGGAGUUUGUACACCGUUCAACAGACCCAGGGGAUUGGAAUGACGAUGGGUGUUCCGUUGAACAAUACUGUGUCUGUGAGAAAUAGGAUUAUCAUAGAUACUCUCUCUGCACUGUCAUUCAUUUAAAGGACCUCUCUAUGUCCUAUGUUACUCCUUUUAGUCUUAUGUCUGAAGACAGAUGUUAUUUGGUGGAAUGGUACUAGAUGUGGGAGAAUGCCACACGCUGACAAACACACACACAUGUACAGUGCCAGUCAAAAGUUUGGACACACCAACUCAUUCAAGGCUUUUUCUUUAUUUUUACUAUUUUCUACAUUGUAGAGUAAUCGUGAAGACAUCAAAAAGAUCAAAUAACACAUAUGGAAUCAUAUAGUAACCAAAUAAGUGCUAAACAAAUCUAAAUAUAUUUUAUCUUUGAGAUUCUUCAAAGUAGCCACCGUUUGCCUUGAUGGCAGCUUUGUACACUCUUGGCAUUCUCUCAACCAGCUUCAUGAGGAAUGCUUUUCUGACAGUCUUGAAGGAGUUCCCACAUAUGCUGAGCACUUGUUGCCUGCUUUUCUUUCACUCCGCGGUCCAACUCAUCCCAAACCAUCUCAACUGGGUUGAGGUCGGGUGAUUGUGGAGGCCAGGUCAUCUGAUGUAGGACUCCAUCACUCUCCUUCGUAAAAUAUCCCUUACAUGGCCUGGAGGUGUGUUGGGUCAUUGUCCUGUUGAAAAACAAAUGAUAGUCCCAUUAAGCACAAACCAGAUGGGAUGGUGUAUCGCUGCAGAAUGCUGUGGAAGCCAUGCUGGUUAAGUGUGCCUUGAAUUCUAAAUAGAUCACUGAUAGUGUAACCAGCAAAUCACCACCACACCAUCACACCUCCUCCCCCAUGCUUCACAGUGGGAAUCACACAUGCACAGAUGGUCACGCCCUGACCGUAGAUAGUCUUUUUAUGUCUCUAUUUGGUUUGGUCAGGGUGUGAUUUGGGGUGGGCAUUCUAUGUUUUUGUUUUCUAUGAUUUUGUAUUUCUAUAAUUUGGCCGGGUAUGGUUCUCAAUCAGGGACAGCUGUCUAUUGUUGUCUCUGAUUGGGAACCAUACUUAGGUAGCCCUUUCCCUCCUUUCAGUGUGGGAAGUUAACUUUGUUUGUGGCACAUAGCCCUUAAGCUUGUUUUGUAUUGUUUAUUGUUUUUGUCGGCGUCAUCCUAAAUGAAAGGAAUAUGUACGCUCACCAUACUGCGCUUUGGUCCGCUUCUUUCGACGGCCUAGACAGAACUUCCCACCACAAAAGGACCAAGCAGCAUGGUAAGGGGGACUCAUGGACUUGGGAGGAAAUCCUGGAUGGUAAAGGACCCUGGAGGCAGGCUGGGGAAUAUCGCCAUCCCAGGGAGGAGCUGGAGGCAGCAAAGGAGGAACGGCAUCGUUACGAGGGAACAUGGCUAGCAAGGAAGCCCGAGAGGCAGAAAUUCGACAAAUUAACUUUUAACAUAGCACAACCGUUAAUUGAAAUGCAUUCCAGGUGACUACCUAAUGAAGCUGGUUGAGAGAAUACCAAGAGUGUGCAAAGCUGUUAUCAAGGCAAAGGGUGGCUACUUUGAAGAAUCUCAAAUAUAAAAUAUAUUUAGAUUUGUUUAACACUUUUUUGGUUACUACAUGAUUCCAUAUGUGUUAUUUCAUAGUUUUGAUGUCUUCACAAUUACUCUACAAUGUAGAAAAUAGUACAAUUCAAGAAAAACCCUUGAAUGAGUUGGUGUGUCCAAAUGUUUGACUUGUACUAUACACACACAAAUUGUGUACACAUUUCACACAAUGUACAUCAUUCAAUAGCCACUGUCAAUAUGUAGUAUCACUGGAAAAUUUUAGUCAUAGAUUAAAGUGACUGUAUAAAAUUAUGUUUCAUGUUCUUACAGUAUGUUUGCUGCUUUUGCUUACAUUGUGCUGUACACUAGCAAGGCGUAAUUUCUGCUUAGUCAAUAAAUCAUUGAACCUCGAUGACAUUAA